CUCACCGAUGGUAGACUGUAAGUUUCAUUGAUUUUCAUUCCCAGUUUCUUAGGAAAUAACAAGAGUUAUACGACAUUUGAGCUCUCACUGUCUGCGCCAAAUACUUCUCCUCUCUGAAUGGAAGACGAAGUAGUCAUAGCUUCUUCAUCGACCGAAGCUGGAAUUGGUUGCUGGGAUCUUCGUUCCGGCGCAGAACACCUCCGGUACCGCUCAUGCGCCUCUCCUUCUCACGGCCUUGUAUCCGUCGCCGGACGCUUCCUCGCGUCCUCUCAGCUCCGUGAUUCGUCAUCAUCCUCUGGCUCCGUUCUCUGUUGGUCGUGGAACAAGCCUCAAAUAGAAGUCAAGAGUUUUCCAGCUGAAGCAAUCAAUCCUCUUGCUUGUAAUAGUGAUGGCACUUACAUAGUUGGAGGAGGAGUUUCUGGGGAUAUUUACUUGUGGGAGGUCGCAACCGGUAGAUUAUUGAAGAAGUGGCAUGGUCACUAUAGGGCUGUUACUUGCUUGGUGUUUUCUGAUGAUCAGUCGCUUUUGAUUUCUGGGGCUGAGGAUGGAUCAGUUCGAGUUUGGUCGCUUCUGAUGAUAUUUGAUGAGGAGCGACAACAGCGAGCGGGGCAUCUUUAUGAGUAUAGUUUCUCUGAACAUGCUUUGCCUGUAACUGAUAUUGUCACUGGCUAUGGAGGAUGUAAUGCAAUUAUAAUAUCUGCUUCGCAGGAUCGUACAUGCAAGGUGUGGAGUCUAGCUAGGGGGACUUUGUUGAGAAAUAUCGUGUUCCCUUCAAUGAUCGAUGCAAUUGCUUUGGAUCCUGGGGAGCAUGUUUUCUAUGCUGGUGGUAGAGAUGGCAAGAUAUAUAUUGCAGAACUCAAUGCUCAAGGCACAUCUAACAACAAUUAUGGAUUGCAUAUCAUCGGUACAUUGUCUGAUCAAGGUAAGGGCAUAUGCUCUUUGGCUUUUGCGCUGGAUGGAUCUCAAUUGGUUGCUGGAUCAGAGGAUGGCAUGGUUCGAGUCUGGGACACUAAGACCCAUAAUAUCAUUCGUGUUUUCAGACAUGCAAAAGGUCCCGUUAACAAUGUUCUUGUUAUUCGACAGCCACCAGCCCUUUACCCUCGAACAUCUGCAAAUAAUCAAGCUUCAGUGGCAAGAAGGCACGUGCCAUUGCCACCUCCACUCGAGAAAUACACAUCAAUAGACGAACACUCAGAUCUUAAUGCAUUCAUCACUCCUCAGCCCAAUUGCGAUAAGCUUUAUGAUGCGACGUACACCACUUUUCACUCAAUGAACAACCAGAUUAAUGAACUUCAGCAACAUGGUUCUUCUGGAGCUUCUGAAUUGGAGAUGGAAAGGCUGAAACUAGAUUGCAAAAGGUCCAUGCAAAUGGUCGAGCAAUGGAAGAAGAUGUAUGAAAAUUUGCACCAAUUUUGUGUUGGCGAGCUUCUGAAUGGUGAAGCCGAUGACGCCAACUUGACACUCACUUCAUGAUCAUUCAACUUCCAAAAGAUUUCAGAUGAUCUUAUGGAUGCAUUUUAUUUUGAGGUAUAAGGUCUUCAGAUAUCUGUUGGAAUUGAUCCCCCAAAGGCCUUGUUGCUCAUUAGUAACGGGUAAGUUGGUAAUUGUUAAUUUUGUGUGUUUUUACUGUCCUAAAAGGAUGUCACAUUUCAUUUCUAAAUUCAUCUAUUUGCUUGUCA